ACCAUAUUUUCCUUGACAUUUAUUAAUUCGUUAAACCACUUCGGCAAUUUCAAUUCUGCAGGCUGCUCCAUUGUCAUUGUCCCUCUCUCUCUCUCUCUCUCUCUCUCUCUCUCUCUCCAGUCUUCGCAGCUACGACUCCUGCGGAUCUCGAUUCUCGGCAAUGGCUUCCAGCCCCGCACUCAACAAGGUCGGAGGCGACGCUACUGUGGCGUCGGAGUCCGUCUCCGAGGAGAAUUCGCCGCCGGCGAAAAAUUCCGUGAAGCAGAACGGCUACGACACCACUAUCAGAAGCCACAGCUCCGGCAGCGGCGACAGGUUUGAGUAUUCCGGCUGGGUUUUUCAUCUCGGUGUGAAUAAAAUUGGGCGCGAGUAUUGCCACUUCCGCUUUCUCAAAAUACGCGGCAAGUAUUUGGAGAUGUACAAACGCGAUCCUCAUGACAAUCCCGGCACUAAACCUAUUCGAAGGGGUGUCAUAGGACACACACUUAUGGUAGAGGAAUUGGGUCGACGGAAGGUGAACAAUAUUGAUAUGUAUGCGCUAAGGUUCUACAAUCGUUUGGACGAAGAAAAAAAGGGUGAGAUUGCUUGUACUACAGCUGGUGAUGCCCGAAAAUGGAUGGAAGCAUUUGAUCACGCUAAACAAGUGGUAGAAUACGAGUUAUCAAGAGGUGCUAGUGUGAGAAACAAGCUGAGUAUGGAGGAUGAGUAUGUUAUACCCAAAAAUUUUUAA